AUGGAUGAUGACGAUGACAACGCGGACUUCGGCAAUAUAUUGGAUGGCACUCACACAAUUGAGAUCAGCCAUGCGGGAGACGCUGAGAAGGUCUCGGUAACUAUCGCUUCAACCGACCACUUUGUCACAUCUGCUCUUGUCCGCCAUGGCAUCAUCCCUUGCUCCCCAAUAUCACCAUCUGUCACUAUUUCUAUAGAUGCUUUGGAACUGUACCGUGUGGCUUGGUUGUGGAACCCUCACUUUUCUAUUCAAGCAUUUGUGAAGUCCAUUUGUGACUUGCAUGGUACUGUCUUUCAUAGGUACUUGCCACGCCAAGUUUCGAUAUCAUUUGACCUCUAUCUGCAAUUGCGGACUCGUGUGGACUCUCUCAUCAAUACCGUGAUCCAUCGCAAUUCUCCUGACUGGCGUUUGAGGAACGCUUGCCCCUGCUGCACAUAUGAGUUGCAAAAUGAGCCUACAAUGACUUUCCGCCUGCUCUAUGCCAUGGAUGGCAACAACUCACUCAAGAGGGUAGAGCAUUCUGACGAGGAGAACCUGUGCGCUGGGCGAUGGAAGAAUAUGGUCGAUGAGAAGAUGAAGAGAUCAUGGGGGGUUUAUGAUGAAACAGGCAUUUUCCUUGCUGUCUGUCGUCAUGGUUUUUGUUUGCUGAUCGCCGACAUGGUCCAAAGUGGUGAACUUGCUAAGCAUCCGCUUUCCAUUGUCGCCAAGCUGCUUGAUGCCUUCGGCACAGAUCUGGGCAGCAGGUAUGAUAUUGGAUGUCAAUUUAAAACCACCCUUGACAAUAGCGUAUUAGGUCCGCUCGCUCACUCUCUUAAUCAUACUUGUUUGGUUGGAGCCUUCCAUGGACACGCACACAAAUGCCUCUGCCAGUUGUAUCAUCUCGCAACAUACAUAUCUGGUCUUGGACUUGAGGACCUCGAAACUUGUGAAUGCACCUUCUCGAAAUCCAACGCUCUAGCAUCAACACUUUGUUAUGCCAGUGUGUUUCACCGUCAGCAGCUCAUCGCAGUGUAUUUUGAGCAUAAUGAUGAGUAUGAAGUCUAUCCCAGUCUUGGAAACUUUCUAUAUAAUAACUACAAGCAGGCGCUGGACAUUCUCUCAGACAGUGAGAUCAACCUCAAGAAGCUCAUGCAAGACAUCCAUAUCCCGGACGAGUCUGUGUUUGAAUGGUGGUUGCAAGAAGAAAGGGAUUACCUGCAUGGCCUGCGCAACGCUGCCGCAACUCACAGAAUGGAGACGGCCUGCAGACAUACCCUUGAACUCUUCAAAAAGGAUCUAGCAACUGUGCAAGAACUUGAGAACAAACUUGACAUCGUGCAGCGGUGGGUCCCUGAAGAUUUUGAGUGGCAAAAUGCUGGACGGUUGGUUGCUAAAAGAAGAUACCAACGUGCUCUCGAUACUUUAGAAGGAUUAGUUGUCGCUCGCAUCUUUGAGUUGACAAAAAUGAAUCACUCUGGUACAGGCUACAAAUUGCGAAAGCACAUCGCAAAUGCGUUGCAGACUCGCUCUGCAGCCAUUCACACAGCUCUCGACUGGUCACUUGCACUCACUCCACCUCGUCGAACUCUUAAAUGGGACAAGGUAAUUGAAUACGCGUUCCUGGCCAACUUUGACCUACUGCAAGACGCUCGGGAAGAUGUGUCAGAGCAUCCAUGGGUGACACCAGCUGCUCGACAAGCAAUGGACCUGUACUUCAAGAUGUGUCGUGCCAAGGAGGAGAUACUUCGUGUCAACGUCAAGAUUCGACAUCUUGUAACGUACAUUCGAGAUGAGGACCACUACUUAUGUGCUUGUGAAGCACAAAUGCUGCUCUCAGAACCUGCACUUGCUUAUCAGAUUGGUGCUUGA